AUGGCAAGGGGCACAUUUGCCAAUAUCCGCAUUGUCAACAAGCUCUUGCAGGGAGAAGUUGGUCCAAAGACAAUUCACAUUCCAACAGGAGAUAAGCUUCAUGUUUAUGAUGCAGCAAUGAGGUACAAAACUGCUGGGCAAGACACUAUCAUCCUAGCUGGAGCAGAAUAUGGAAGUGGCAGCUCACGAGAUUGGGCUGCCAAGGGUCCAAUGCUACUGGUGGGGACACCUAAUUUAGGAGUGAAAGCAGUUAUUGCCAAAAGCUUUGAGAGAAUCCAUCGUAGUAAUCUGGUUGGUAUGGGAAUCAUACCUCUUUGUUUCAAGCCUGGUGAGGAUGCAGAUACUCUAGGAUUAUCAGGCCAUGAGCGCUAUUCAAUUGAUCUUCCAAGUAAAAUCAGUGAGAUAAGGCCUGGCCAAGAUGUUACCGUCACAACUGGCACUGGCAAAUCCUUCACGUGUACUGUCCGCUUCGAUACAGAGGUGGAAUUGGCAUACUUCGAUCAUGGUGGCAUUCUUCCAUUCGUCAUUCGUAAUUUAAACAAGGAGUAG